AUGGCUGCCACGCCUCCCCUACAAAUUCUCUCUAGUCCAGCUACACCUCCUAGUCCCCUACAUGGUGCCAAAUACGAUCGGUCGAGCUACUUUCCUACCAGGCGCUCAACCCGCGCUGCGACCAAAACCACAUCAAGAAGCCAGCAAACUACUCCAGAUCCUCCUCGCCGCAGUUCCAGAGUCGAGCAAGCAACCACCCCCCGCUCUCCGAAGUCCAGGUCCAAGACACAGACUGCUGCAGGGCUUCAAUCACCAGAAGUGACUCCCAAGACAAGGAAUUUGCGCCGCGUUCAGAUCAUGUCCCCCCCCUCUCCUAAUCCUACAUCGCUGUCCUCCGCUACUCAUCCCCCACCCACUAAAUCCAAUUCACACCUUCAACCUCAGUCGUCUACAACCACAGCAAUCCUGGACGGCAUGUUACCUACUCCUGUGAAGACACCCAAAAAGAAAAGCGUCAACGCAAAUGCGACAACCACUGCGAGAGCUUUGUUUCAAGAACCGCAAAUGACUGCUCAACUGGCACCAGUUCAGCCAGGUCCCCGUCGCUCUCGUAAACCCCAGCGCUUCAAUGGCUUCUCACUUGAGACAGUCUCUGGACAAAACGAUGUCGACGGAGGUCAAAUUCAGAUAUUCACAGACUCGCGCGAUCGUGUGCCGCAAGCUGAUCACACCCUGACCAAUCCAUUCAUCGAGCGCAAGCGAGACCGCGAAAGUACGACGCCGCCUACAGUUGUGCGAACUUCCAAACGCCGUAAAGUCAGCGCCAGGACGAGGAUUGACCCCCAAGUUACUGAUGCCAUCGACAAGGAUGAAGGCAUGGUUUAUGUAUUUCGCGGUAAGAAGGUGUAUCGACGUUUCACCGAUCGAGGGGAUGAAGAAGAAUCAAUUGACGAGGAAGAUCUGGGUCUUUUGGAGUACACCGCCAAUGGCGCAUCUGAAGUGAAACCUCUCAAAACUCUGUCUCGCCGCUCAAUCAAACCUAAGCGAUUGUUCCAAACUGAUGCUCAGAAACGCGCAAGAGAGGAAGAAAAACAAGAAGAAGCAGCCACGGAUAUCGAAGAUGAUACUGAUGAUGCAAGAGACGGUCCUUCGACUUCCACUUCACUUGAGUCUGCAUCGAAGCUUGGACGUGGAAUGAGAACCAAAAAGCGCACGCUGGCAGCUCUUGACCGCAGCAGCCCUGAAGAGCAAGGUUCGAGAAGUUCACAGAAGGGAAGUCCAUUUGACUCGUGGCCUAGGCUGAAGCCUGGUCGAGGUGCUGGAUCCCAAAAGGCAAAGAAGCGAAGUGCAAAUGAAGUGAAUCCUGACUUGGGCGCUGUGGGAAAUGCUUUGGAAGCGAAGAAGGCUAGGACUUGA